ACAUCGAAAACAACAUUUUUUUUUGGAGUUGUGGCAAAAUGUGAAUUGGCGGUGCAUUUUCCAGCAUUUUCCAGCGAAACAGCAUUUUCCGGUUUAAUAUUUGUAUUGUUCGUCUGUUUGUUAGCACAAUGAGCACUAGCGUGGAUUACGUUUGUCGUCUUUGCGUAGUGGAAGGAGAAGCUGGAUCGGAUUCGCUGAAGUUACUGAACCCAAACGAAGAGUUGCUGGAAAUAAUUCACGCCUUGACUACGGUAGAGAUUAUUCCGGACGCUGAUCAGCAGUACUUCAUCUGCACCACCUGCCGGCAAUCGGUGCUCAACUUUAACAGUUUCCGCGAGCAGUGCAUCGCGAAUGAUCAGCUAUUCCGCCACAGGCUCCUGGAAAUAUCGGAGUUCAAAGAUGUGGCACCAACAGAUGAGGAGGAGGUGGUGGUGGAGGAGGAGGAGAUGGCAAAGGAAGAGGUUAUAGAACAGCUACCGAGCGAAUCAACAAUAGGCGAAGAUGAGGCAUCACUCAACGCAGAAACGUACACGAUGCAAGAAGCAAUGCCUACCGAGAUGGUUGAAGAAGUUCUGAUAACACCCUUUGUUUCUGUGCCUGAAAUGGAAUCUGAUGCAAGCGACACUUUCUCGAAGGACGCCAAACCGACCAGAGGUCGAAGGAAAACGGGAAACGCGAAAAGCAAGGACAGUCACAGCAACAAACUACCGUGCGUACAGUGCGGUAAAAUGAUAGCACGGAACAACAUGAAACAGCACCUGCUGGUGCAUGAUCCCGAUCGACCGAAAGUGUUCUGUACGUACUGUGGAAAGGCGUUCCGGGAACAGGGCCGGUUGCAGCUGCACAUUAACAGCAAUCAUACGCUGGAGAACAAGUAUCCGUGUGAGAUUUGCGGUAAAAUAUAUCUGCGUCCCACGUCGCUCCGGGAUCACAUCACAGCCAAGCAUACACAGGACAAGCAGUAUCCAUGCGGCGAAUGUGACCUAGUGUUUAACAGUUGGGCCAAACGAUGGCAUCACUUCAAGAAGGAACACACGACCGCGAAACCGUUUGCCUGCACCUACUGCGAUUGGGCGUUCAAAUUCAAGGGUGAUCUGACGCUGCACAUUCGAAAGCACACCGGCGAGAAACCGUUCAAAUGCGAUAUCUGCGGCAAGGCCUUCAACAAGAGCUACAAUGUGGUGAUACAUAAAAAAUCGCACCGAAACAAGGAACCCCCGGCGGAGGGCACGUCGUAGAGCGGACGAAAAGUUAAAAUGUUUUUAUAACUCUCUAUUAUUUAUGGUUUGUAAUUUUAAGAAAAGAAAUACAAUCUUAUGUCGUACGUUGGU